AUGACCUCAGAUCCCCUGAAGGCGGACAGCCGAUCCGCCAACUCAAACUGCCCUCCUCCACCUCCGCUAAUUGACUAUUUUACAAUCAUGUCUACCAAAAAGAUUGAACAAUGGGAAAUAGAGCGAUAUUGGGAGAUUUUCUCCUCGCUCGGAAACGGCCAGACGCACCUUAACAGCUCACAGGCCGCUUCGGUAUUGCGUAAUAGUCACCUGCGCGAUGAUCAACUGGAGAAAGUCUGGGACAUUGCAGAUGUCGACGGCGAUGGUGAACUGGACUUCGAAGAAUUCUGUGUCGCUAUGCGCCUUGUGUUUGACCUUGUCAACGGUGAGCUACAAGAAGUCCCGCCCGUUCUGCCCGACUGGCUUAUCCCGGAAUCCAAGUCACAUCUCGUCCAAGCUACACGCGCACUGGGUGGACAUCAAGAACAAUUUGAGCGGAUAGAAGAUGAGGAUGAUUCGCUUGGUCUGAAGGAUGGCUUCGAUUGGUACAUGAAACCGGCCGACAAGUCCAAGUAUGAGGAGAUCUAUAGCUCCAGCCGCAACCACCGCGGCCAAAUUACCUUUGAAUCUCUCCACCAACUGUACGACUCUCUCGACGUUCCUGAUACAGAUGUCCGCUCUGCAUGGAACCUAGUAAACCCUUCCGCAUCCCAAGCCAUUAAUAAGGACGCUGCACUAGCAUUUCUACACAUCCUAAACUACCGCCAUGAGGGAUUCCGCAUCCCCCGCACGAUUCCGCCAUCGCUGCGAGCUUCUUUUGAACACAACCAGAUUGAUUACCAGGUUGACCACCCUCGACCUGCACAGCGCUGGGGCGCUGAUGGUGAAGAGACAACAAGUGGUCGCAAAGCCAAGUUUGGAGAUACCUAUCUUAGUCGACUAGGUGUAGGUGGUAAGGGUGCGUACCAACCCAAGGGAACUGAUUUCAGCGACACCAUUCAGGAUGAAGAGUGGGAGAAGGUUAGAUUACGUCGGGAGUUAGUGGAGAUGGAAGAGAAGCUGAAGGCUGCCCGCCAUGCUUCAGAGACGAGGCGUGAUCAGCCUCGGAAUGAUGGCCGACCAAAUUGGGUUCUGAUUAAGAAGGAGGCCUUGCAACUUUUGGAAUACAAGGAGCGAGAGUUGCGUGAACUAAGAGAGGGAGUAGGACGAGCAAAGGAUGGUCAGAACUUGGAGCGCUUAAGGGAUGAUGUGAAGACUGUUGGUGAACAGGUGGAAGGGCUGAAGAGCCACUUGACACAGCGUAAAGGUGCUCUUUCAGACUUGCGUGAGCAGAUUGAAGAUGAGAGAGCUAGUCGGUGA